AUGUCACACACCUCUGAUCAGUCAGCCCCAGCAAAGGGCAGAAGAAUCAAGGAGAACCACACCACCAUCACCGAGUUUGUCCUGCUGGGGCUCUCAGAUGCCUGUGAGCUGCAGAUGCUCAUCUUCCUGGGGCUCCUCCUGACCUACCUCCUCACUCUGCUGGGGAACCUCCUCAUUGUGGUCAUCACCCUCCUAGACAGGCGCCUCCACACCCCCAUGUACUACUUCCUCCGCAACUUUGCUGUCCUGGAGAUCUGGUUCACCUCCAACAUCUUCCCCAAGAUGCUCACCAACAUCCUCACUGGAGUCAAGACCAUCUCCCUCCCAGCAUGCUUCCUACAGAGUUUUCUCUAUUUCUUCCUAGGCACUGCAGAGUUCCUCCUCCUGGCGGUGAUGUCCUUUGACAGGUACGUGGCCAUAUGCCAUCCUCUGCGCUAUGCCACCAUCAUGAACAAAAGGCUCUGUGUCCAGCUAGUCCUCUGCUCUUGGACAACAGGAUUCCUUCUUAUCAUCUUUCCAAGUGUCAUCACAUUUCAGCAGCCAUUCUGUGGCCCCAAUGUCAUCAACCAUUUCUUCUGUGACAAUUUCCCCCUCCUGGAACUCAUCUGUGCAGACACAAGCCCGAUAGAGCUCCUGGGCUUUGUGGUCGCCAUCUUCAGCCUGCUGGGCACCCUGUCUGUCACGGCCACCUGCUACGGCCACAUCCUGCACACCAUCCUGCGCAUCCCCUCAGUCAAGGAGAGGCAGAAAGCCUUCUCCACCUGCUCCUCACACAUCAUUGUCGUGUCUCUCUUCUAUGGCAGCUGCAUCUUCAUGUAUAUCCGGUCAGGCAAGGGUGGCCAGGGGGAGGACCACAACAAGGUGGUGGCUUUGCUCAACACUGUGGUCACCCCCAUGCUCAACCCCUUCAUCUACACCCUCAGGAACAAACAGGUGAAGCAUGUGUUUAGGGAGCAGGUGAGUAAACUCUUCUUACAAAUUCUGUGGGCACCAGGGCUGAGCUAA